AUUCAACCCAAGUUUUUUUUUUUUUUUUUUUUUUUCUGUGUGACAAAAUCCCAUUAAUCUUUGAAAUUUACUGUAAUCUAAUAACUACAUUUAGGGAUCUAGAGUGCUUUAUCUGAGUAUAGAUUCAUGCACAUAUUCUUGGGAUCCGUGGAAUAAUAUCAAAGGUCAUCUUUGGUGGAGGCAGAGUCGAAACUCUGAAAUCUUUCUUACAUGUUAUAGAAUCAUAACAUAACAUCACCAAAUAGAGAUGGCCAAGAAAGGAGCUAAAGCAAGUCCAGUAGUAUUGUCGUUCAUGUUCAUGUUGUUCUUGUUCUUGUUCUUCAAUUUUGUCGUGUCUGAUCAUGGUAAAGAAUUUGAGCUUCUUUUGUCUUUCAAGUCUUCAAUCCAUGACCCUUCUGGCUUCCUGUCAAACUGGGAUUCCUCUGUCACCUUUUGCCAGUGGCACGGUAUCACUUGCAAUAAUUUGUCUCAUGUUGACACACUUGAUCUUUCUGCCAAAAACUUGUCCGGGAAAUUAGUUUCCUCAUCCAUUUUCCAUUUGCCUUUUGUUGAAACUUUAAAUCUCUCCAGCAACCAGCUCAAUGGUGAAAUUCCUCUAGAUAUAUUUUCUUCCACCUCUUCACUUCGAUUUCUGAACCUCAGUAACAAUAAUUUCACUGGUCAAAUACCAAGAGGUUACAUUUCCUGCCUUGAGGUAUUGGAUCUUUCAAACAAUAUGCUUUCCGGGAAAAUUCCACAAGAAAUCGGAUCGUUUUAUAGUCUAAAAUUUCUUGAUUUCGGUGGGAAUGUUUUGGUGGGGGAAAUUCCUAUCUCGACAUCAAACAUCACUGCUUUGCAAUUCUUGACUUUGGCUUCAAACCAAUUAGUUGGCUCAAUUCCACGUGAAUUAGGCAAAAUGAAGAGCUUGAAGUGGAUAUACUUGGGCUAUAAUAAUCUCUCCGGUGAAAUUCCAAAAGAAAUUGGUAUGUUGACUUCCUUGAAUCAUCUUGAUCUUGUCUACAACAAGCUCACUGGUCAAAUCCCUUCCACCCUGGGAAACCUCAGUGAUCUUCAGUAUCUCUUCCUUUACCAAAAUAAGCUUACAGGUUCCAUCCCAAAGUCCAUUUUCGGUCUCAAAAAGCUGGUUUCUCUUGAUCUUAGUGAUAAUUCAUUAUCUGGAGAGAUCUCAGAACUUGUAAUUCAGUUGCAAAACCUAGAGAUUCUUCAUCUUUUCGGCAACAGCUUCACGGGUAAAAUCCCAAAUGCUUUAACUUCUUUGCCUCGUCUUCAAGUCCUUCAGCUUUGGUCCAACAGAUUAUCAGGUGAGAUUCCAAAAAGCCUUGGAAGACAUAAUAAUCUCACGAUUCUCGACCUCUCCACCAAUAAUCUCACGGGAGGAAUACCAAACGGACUUUGCAGCUCGGGUCGUCUCUUUAAGCUCAUUCUUUUCUCAAAUUUGCUUGAAGGUGUCAUUCCAAAGAAUCUGAGCACUUGCAAAAGCUUGCAGCGAGUCAGACUUCAAAAUAAUCGUCUAUCGGGCGAAUUAUCCUCAGAGUUUACGAAGCUGCCUCUCGUAUACUUCUUGGAUAUCUCAAACAACAAUCUUUGGGGCAAUAUCGGAGAGCAAAAAUGGGAUAUGCCGUCACUUGAAAUGUUGAAUUUGGCAGGAAACAGGUUUUCAGGGAAGUUGCCUCACGCAUUUGGUAGCCAAAAUAUUGAGGCCUUGGGCUUAUCACGAAAUGGAUUUUCAGGUACUGUUCCACGUGCUUUUGGGAGCUUAACGGAGCUAAUGCAAUUAAGCCUAUCUAGAAACAAGCUGACUGGUGAAAUCCCCGAAGAAUUAUCUUCAUGCAAGAAGCUUGUGAGUCUAGACUUAAGCCAUAACCAACUCAGUGGCCAAAUUCCAUCUGGUUUCGCUGAAAUGCCAGUUCUUGGUCAGCUUGACUUGUCGGAGAAUCAAUUGUCUGGUGAAGUACCACCAAAGUUGGGGAAAACGGAAUCACUGGUUCAAGUGAAUAUUUCUUACAACCAUUUACAGGGUGGAUUACCAUCUACCGGGGCCUUUCGUGCAAUAAAUGCAAGUGCAGUUGCUGGUAAUGAUCUUUGUGGAGGAGAUGACACGAGCGGUUUACCACCAUGCAAAAAGGUUAAGAAUCAAGCUUGGUGGUUUUCUGUUGCUUGCUCUCUCGCUGCUUUAGUGUUGCUUACUCUUGCUGCUUUUGGAGUCGUACUCCUUCGAGGAAGAAACAAUUUGGAGCUGAAAAGAGUGGAAAAUGAAGAUGGAACAUGGGAAUUGCAGUUCUUUGAUUCCAAGGCUUCGAAAUCAGUAACAAUUGAUGAUAUUACACUAUCUGCCAAAGAAGCAAACGUUAUUUCCAGAGGUAAUAAAGGCAUCUCAUUCAAAGGGAAGUCGGUUGUAAAUGAUUUCCAAUUCGUCGUGAAAGAAAUGAACGAUGUCAGCUCAAUUCCAUCAAGUUUUUGGUCUGAAAUCACACAAUUUGGCAAGCUUCAGCAUCCAAAUAUUGUUAAAUUAAUUGGAAUAUGCCGGUCGGAAAAGGGUGCAUAUUUGGCUUACGAGUACAUAGAAGGGAAAAUUUUAAAUGAAAUCCUUCACGACUUAAGCUGGGAGAGGCGGCGAAAAAUUGCUAUCGGGCUUGCAAAAGCUCUACGGUUUUUGCAUUCAUGUUGUUCGCCAAGUAUAUUCGUUGGACGCAUGUCACCGGAUAGAGUUAUCAUCGAUGGAAAAGAAGAACCUCGGUUACGAUUGAGCCUUCCUGGACCGGUUUGUUUAGAAAACAAGCGCUUCAUUUCUUCGGCGUACGUUGCCCCAGAAGCUAGAGAAAGCAAAGAUAUGACUGAAAAGAGUGAUAUCUAUGGAUUCGGCAUCAUUCUGAUUGAAUUAUUGACGGGGAAAAGUUCUGGGGAUGCUGAAUUUGGAGUGCAAUACCAGAGCAUGGUGGAGUGGGCCCGUUAUUGCUACUCAGAUUGUCAUCUUGAUAUGUGGGUUGAUCCGAUGAUCAAGGGCUAUGCAUCCAACAACCAGAGCCAGAUCGUUGAGACUAUGAAUCUAGCUCUUCAUUGCACGGCAGGUGACCCCACUGCUCGCCCAUGCGCAACCGACGUCUCCAAAACCCUACAAUCAGCUCUCAGAAUAAGUUCUGGUGUCCCAGCAGGCCUAAAAUUUUCUUCACCUGUUUUGGCUUUCUAAUAUUAUAGCAUGAUUUUGUUCAGAAAUUUUAUUUUUUGGGUUAAUUUUCUUUUUCUUUUCCACCUUGGUUUCUAGUAUAAGGUUUAUAAAUUAAGGUAUUAAAAUGGUUGUCACUCAAAUGUUUUGUUUGAUGGUAUGUUGGAUACAUACUACUGAAUGUAGAGAUGUAGAUAAACUAAACGCCAUUAUAUGAAUUACAGUUUUAUUUUUCUAUCAAGUAUCUUUCAAGAUCUUCUUUUCUUACCUAGCUCAUCAUUGCACUACUUUUAUGGCUCAUGAUUAUGACUCAUGGCCUAAGUUGCUUGAAAACAUCUAGUGAGCCACCCCGGUCAACAAAGGGUCGGGAAAAAGGUAGGGUGCCUUGCCUAGCAUUUUUUCUUUUUCCUUCAUAUGAAAAAUGAUUUUGAUAUAUGUUUAGCACAAGUGAUACAGUUAUUCAGAUAGAAAUCUGAAAUUCGAGUCUUUGGUCAUCCUAAACAUAUGUUCCAGCUCCUUGGUCGAUUACUAGCAAGUAAGUGGAUAUCCCACAGGAAGACCGACUCUUUCAGUCAGCGGAGAAAGUGCUUGAAAUCCCAUUUUUUGGAUGAAGGUGAAAAUUAUCUGCGACAUCUUGCUUUCCCACCUACGAAUGGCUGAUAUGCAGUACUGCACAUUGUUUUCUUUAGUUAUAUAUGCUGUUUUACAGCUUGUUUUUAAACAGGGAAAUGACAUAUAAGGAUUAGAAUUCACAUGGAUUUGGACUAAACAUCAUGGCCUACUUCCUCCACUUUUCUUUUUGUCUUCCGUUACUCUUGCAAGAAUUUUGUCCCUUUUCUUUUCACUUUUGUU